CGAGCAUGAAGGGGGAUCGGUCAAGGCCGUAUCACUCGACACAAACAGAGGCGACAGUCCAACCAAAUCCGAGGAGGAACCGAAUCAGGACUGUCCAUUUUCUGUGAUCCUGAGGUGGGGGGUAGGCCCCACUUGAUUUGUACUUCCUCAUGGCCCUCAUGGGCUCAUUGCCAACCCCUUCGAAUCCUCUCCCAAUCCUCAGAUUCCCCUCCUUCCCUCCAUUUCUCUCCCUCUCUCUGCUUCUCUCGCGGAGUUUCAGACCCAACAACGGUCCAGAAAAGUAGGGAUAGAGUAAGCUGAGAUUUUGCGACGGGCCUGCAAACUCCCGAGAAGAAAUGAAUGUGAGGUUAUGCUCAUCCUCUUCAGAGCUCUCAUCGCUCCCUUUCGUUGAGGGUUUGCAUCAUCCCAAUAUCAAUCUCAAAAGGGAUCAUGUUGAGCCAUUUAAUACUGCUCAUUGUGCAAAGAACACUACCGUAUCAUAUACUGGAGGCAGAAAAGGUGUCCUAUCUAAGCAUGUGAUUCCUCGUCACGUAGAAGAAUCAUUUAUAGUGGAGAAGCAGCUUGAGGAGCCACCUGAGAAGCUCGAGUAUGUGCGGACAUUGUUGAUAGACAACUAUGAUAGUUACACAUACAACAUUUACCAGCAGUUAUCAACCGUUAAUGGGGUGCCACCUGUUGUGAUAAGAAAUGAUAGCAGGACAUGGGAAGAAAUAAGGCAAUACCUGUACGAGGAAAAUGUAUUUGAUAACAUAGUUAUAUCGCCAGGACCUGGUUCUCCAACAUGUCCAGCAGACAUAGGGAUAUGUCUGCAGCUGUUGCUUGAAUGUAGUGAUAUCCCUAUUCUCGGUGUCUGCCUUGGGCACCAGGCUUUAGGUUAUGUGCAUGGUGCUGAAGUUGUCCACGCAUCUGAACCAGUCCAUGGCCGGCUCAGUGAGAUCGAGCAUGAUGGUUGCAGGCUGUUUAGUGGCAUUCCUUCUGGCAGAAACUCAGGAUUCAAGGUGGUUCGGUAUCAUUCUCUUGUAAUAGACCCUGAAACACUCCCGAAGGAACUUGUGCCUAUAGCGUGGACAUCUUGUACCAACCCACUCCCAUUUUUCGAGAAUCAGAGUACCGAUAAUUCCCUCAAUGAUCCUCUUUCAAAAGUACAAAAUGGAAAGUCUAGUUAUCUCGGUCAAUUCGAGGCAGCCCCCAAUACAAAAGUCUUAAUGGGCAUCAGGCAUUCUACUCGGCCUCAUUUCGGUGUUCAGUUUCAUCCUGAGAGUAUCGCAACCUCUUAUGGGAGCCAAAUCUUUAAGAAUUUCAGGGAGAUAACGGAAGAUUACUGGACAAGAUCACAAGCAUCUUCUGUAAGACGGAGGAAUGCGGAUUAUGCUGGUAACAGAAGAUUAACAAACAUGCAGGUGCCUAGUAUUAUGAAUAAUCUAUUGAAACGGGUUUCUGUACUGGAGAAGAAGCCGUGGAUGGAUAUCAAUGGGGACUACUUGCCCCAGUUAUAUGAUGGAGACGAGAUAGACUGUUUCAGUGUUUCGAAUAAGGAUCACCCAAUCAAUGAGAAGAAAUCCCUCAAGUUGAGAUGGAAAAAGUUCGAUCGCCUUGCUUCAAGAGUUGGAGGUGCUGAUAACAUAUUCUGUGAGAUAUUUGCAGAACGUGGGGCCAAGAACACCUUUUGGUUAGACAGUGCUUCCAUAGAAAAGGGAAGAGCUCGGUUUUCUUUUAUGGGGGCAAAAGGGGGACCUCUUUGGAAGCAGUUGACGUUUAGAUUAUCUGAUAAAAGUGGUACUGCUACUAAAGUAGGGGGGAAUCUAUUAGUCGAAGACUAUGAUGGCCACACAAGUAGUUUCUUUCUCGAAGAUGGUUUUUUUGAUUUUCUGAACAGGGAGCUCCUGUCAUUCCAUUAUGAAGAAAAAGAUUUUGCAGGGCUUCCAUUUGACUUCCACGGUGGAUAUGUUGGUUAUAUCGGGUACGACCUUAAACUUGAAUGUGGAGUGGCCUCAAAUCGUCACAAGUCGCAGGCCCCAGAUGCAUGCUUCUUCUUCGCAGACAAUUUUCUUGUAAUCGACCAUCUUAACGAAGAUGUCUACAUGAUGUCCCUAUACGAUCAAGCCACUAAAGAAACCUCGUGGUUAGAUGAAACAGAGCAAAAGCUUCUUCGCCUAAAGCCUCGUCCUAUAACAGAGAAAAAGACCCGAACCACAAAGCCUUCUGCUGAUUCUCCUACUGAAUUCGGCUUCUACGUCGAUAAAUCAAGAGAUCAGUACAAGAAUGAUGUUGAGAAGUGCCUUGAGUAUAUAAAGGACGGGGAGAGCUAUGAGCUGUGUCUAACGACUCAGCUUAGGAAAGAGAUUGGGCAGAUCAAUUCUCUUGGUCUUUAUCUUUACCUCCGAGAAAGUAAUCCUGCACCUUACGCUGCGUGGCUUAAUUUUGCCUCCGAAAAGCUGUGUGUAUGCUGCUCUUCCCCUGAACGGUUCCUCCAGUUGGACAGGAAUGGGACCCUUGAGGCGAAGCCCAUCAAGGGCACGAUCGCUCGGGGCACAACAGAAGAGGAUGAUGGACUGCUCAAAAUGCAACUACAAUACAGUGAAAAGGACCAGGCCGAGAAUCUGAUGAUCGUAGACCUCCUAAGGAACGACCUUGGUCGUGUUUGCGAGCCCGGGUCGGUCCACGUCCCAAACCUCAUGGUGGUGGAGUCCUAUGCGACCGUGCAUACAAUGGUGAGCACGAUCCGUGGCAAGAAGAGGCCGAAUGUCAGCGGGGUCGACUGUGUGCGGGCUGCAUUCCCUGGUGGAUCUAUGACAGGUGCCCCGAAGCUGAGGUCGAUGGAGCUCCUGGACUCCCUCGAGAGCUGCUCGAGGGGGAUCUACUCAGGAUCGAUCGGGUUCUUCUCGAUCAACCAGACGUUCGACCUCAACAUCGUGAUCAGGACCGUUGUGAUCCACGAGGCCGAGGCCUCAGUCGGGGCCGGUGGGGCCAUCGUGGCCCUGUCCAAUCCGGAGGACGAGUAUGAGGAGAUGAGGCUCAAGACGAGGGCUCCGGUGAAGGCUGUGUUGCAGUUCGAGGAUGCAAUGUAAUGGGAGCGACUAUCGCAUCAUAUUCACUCACGUCCUCUUUCUCUCAUUUGUCGUCUUUCCAUUCUGUUUCUUUUUCUAUUUAGGUAGAAAAUCUUAAUUACAGCAACAUUUUUUAAUAAUGUAUAUUAUAUAUUAGAUUGUUUGUAUUAUUAUGACAAAAUUUCCAAAUUUGUAAUUCAAUUUAAUCAGUUUUUUUUUUUUGUAAGAUGAAAUUA